UACUCGCUCCGUCGGCUGCAGCCGUGCUGAAUGGGGCCGAGGCCGCCAAUGGGAGGCCGGGCUCCCCGAGGCCCCGCCCGCUUCCCCUUGCGUCACGGGGAACUUUGAUGAGCUCCCGGGAGUUUGGCCGCGCUGCCGGCAGAUGGUGAGCGGAGGGGCGCGCCUGCAGUUGCGGCCGGGCGCUCUCCGUCGAGGGAGCAGGAGGGGAUGCGCGCCAGGCUGCUGGACGGCAUUGCACAAGCCUCGGCCGGGAGCGCUGCUUCCCUCGGAGCGGAGGAGGUCGCCUGAAUCAGCCGCAGAAGGACAAUUAAUUGGGUAGCAGCAGCAGCAGCAACCGGAGCCGCUUUCCUUGGCCGCCUUGUUCCCGGCUUCGCGCGCCACCCCGCGCUCGGAUCGCCGCCGCCCGCCAGCUCCAUGAGCCGCCAGCUCGAGCCCCGCAGCCCCGCCGUGCUCCUGCACCCGCCGGCAGCCGGCGCGGGAGGCCCUCGCUGCCGGUGCGCGCCCGCCAAGCGGCUCCUGCUGCACGACGGCGCCGAGGACGCGCCGCCCGCCGCCAAGUGCGCUCGCCUCGCUGUCGACUGCUCCAGCGCGGCGGCGGCGCCCCACGAUUGCUUCAGCGCGCCCGGAUCGCCCUGCGGGCCGGUCUCUCCGGCCCCCGGAGGUGGCGGCUCGGUUGCGGGCACCCCCGGAGGGAACGGCAGCGCGCAGGGCCCCAGCCUGGUCGCCGGUUACCUCUUGCUGCCCCUGCCCGACCGGGAUCACGUCUCCAGGGCGCUCGACAUCAACACCGGACGGGAGCUGCGCUGCAAGGUCUUCCCCCUCAAACACUACCAGGACAAGAUCCGACCUUACAUCCAGCUGCCGUCGCACAGAAACAUCACCGGGAUCGUGGAAGUGAUUCUCGGGGAGACGAAAGCCUACGUCUUCUUCGAUAAGGACUUUGGCGACAUGCAUUCCUACGUCAGGAGCUGCAAGCGUCUUCCAGAGCAGGAGGCGGCCAGGCUCUUCAAGCAGAUCGUCUCGGCGGUUGCCCACUGCCACCAGUCCGCCAUUGUGCUGGGGGACCUCAAGCUCAGGAAGUUUGUGUUUUCUAGUGAAGAAAGGACGCAGCUCCGGCUCGAAAGCUUGGAGGACACACACAUCAUCAAAGGGGAGGACGAUGCCUUGUCGGACAAGCACGGCUGCCCAGCCUACGUCAGCCCAGAGAUCCUUAACACGAUGGGGACUUAUUCCGGCAAGUCGGCUGACGUCUGGAGCUUAGGAGUCAUGCUAUACACCCUCCUCGUGGGACGUUACCCCUUCCAUGACUCGGACCCUACUGCCCUCUUUUCUAAAAUCCGGCGCGGACAGUUCUGCAUUCCGGACCACGUCUCUCCCAAAGCCCGUUGCCUUAUCCGAAGCCUACUCAGGAGGGAGCCCUCUGAGAGACUCACAGCUCCAGAAAUCUUGCUCCAUCCUUGGUUUGACUCUGUUUUGGAAUCUGGUUACGCCAACCAGGACAUGAGAGCCUCCGAUCAGGUUGUUCCGGAGAAAUCCAGCGAGGACGACGACAUUAGCUCCUUCUUUUGCUAGCUCUGGGUUUUUGCCUCGGGGGACAAGAAGCCUCUCACACUCUCGUGCAGUCUUUAAAUUUCUAGCCUCUGUCUUCGUUUUCUGUGGUCCUUCCCAAAAAUUGAGCUGCGGUCAGGACAGUAGUACCCUUGCAAGUAGGAGAUUGACAUCACCUUCGCCUGCUUCACGAAUUCCCAUUUGGAUCCCUGUGGGACUUACUCUGGAGCAAAUGGACCUUUGCAAAAUGCGUUUCGGCCUGGGACUUCUAGGCUGUGACUUUGAAAGUUUGCUCUGAACUUCAGUGGGGAAUUUUACACACAGGGCUGUCUGGAAUAAGCAGUCUGAAGUUUGCAGUCUUUGUUGGCUGGUUUUUUAAGAAAAAGCAAAACACCUUGUAGCUUCUUGGUUCCAUGUUCAGAUGCACACAGCCUUGUUCUGCAGGCAAGGUUAUAUUGUUGUCGAAACUACAGAAGGGCCAACUGGAUUGCUCUGUCUCUCAUCCAUCAAAGUGACAGGGCUCUGGGCUGGCUUAGAUUACAGAAUCUCCUCACUGGUGAUGUAAGAGAAAAUACAGGCACAGUUCUUGAAGUGCUAGGCGGGGGGCUUGUGAUAGUCACGGUGCAAAAAAUAAUAAUCAGCCGGAUUGUCUAUUUUUGUAGCUAAGAUUAUCUAACUGGUUUUGAGCUUGCGUCUCCUGACAUGUGAGAAUCACCCCCUUCUGCCUCCAGUUUGCCAGUUCCUUUUCUUAGCUGCAUUUCAAAGUUUGCGGCUUGAAAACCAUUUGACCGUUUUCAACUCUCCAGGAGGCGAUUAACCUGGAAUUACUUGGUUUGUCAAAUUUGCCUUUCCCCCCAUUCAAAAUCUAAACCUCAACUAAACUGUAGCUCGUUGGCUUUUCGACAGAGCUGUAACGGCUUUGUGCUAGCCAAGGUGUGGAUAAAUCAGGCAGCUGUAGAAUUUGGCCAUGCGUCUUGUGGGAUGAAUUGGGCUCCUCUCUGAAUUCUUGGGACUUUAAUGGUUUGGGGUGGACUUUGCACCGGAAUUGUUUUGCUUUGGAAUACGGGGGCUCUUAAAACAAUGAGGAUUUGUGCCAUUGGCUUGAACGUCAGACCACCCCGUUCCUAACCCAUUAUCAGCCUAAACCAGGAAUGUCUGUUUGAUUGAUGAGAUCAGGACUGUUGGUGCCUCCUGAACUGCCACAAAAGCCCCUACAACCUUGGAGUCCCCUGUCUCUUGUGUGAUGGUGCAGGUAGCAAAUCUUGUCUUUCUGUCUCCAAAUGCUUCCACAUCCGAUUUCCCUUGGAGCCAAUUCUUUAGCAGACUUGAGGACUCCUCCUUAAGGGGAGCAGUUCUCAGAUUUCUUACUUAUAGGUGAGGUUUCCUUUUGACAUUCUCUCCCUUUGGCCCUAUUCCUCCUCCUCUGCCAUGCCUGUUCUAAGGAGGUGUGUAAGCCUUUACGAAGGGUUACGGAAAACCUGAAUUGGCCAGCUAGCCCCCCCCCCCAAAAAAACCCCUCUGCCAGAUGUGUCUUAGCCAUAAAAUGGGGUGCACUUGUUAGGUGAUGCAAUACUGCUGCUGGCACCUGUGUACAUAGCCUUAUAAUCUUGGAAGGCAGAGCACCGCUGUGCCCAUUUCGCAGAUGGGGAUGCUGAAGGCAAACAGGUGGAGGUAGGGACCUGCCCAAGGCUUAGUGGGACUUGAUCUUCCCAUCUGAUCAGGAACUUUCUGGUCCGACAUUGAACUAACCAACCGCAUUGCCUCAUUGCGUAAGACAAGAAAAGGAGGAAUUGUGGUUUGCGUUCUCAAAACAGCUCCCUGGCAUCUCCAGUGAAAAGUGUAUCUAUGUAGCAUAAGGGGAACUUCAUAUUCUGCCCUCCCAUCAGCCAGUGGUCAAGCAUGAUGGGAGUUGUAGUCCAGCAACAACACAGCCCCACCCCACGGGUCCGGAGGUAUUUAUUCCUGAGCCUCUGAAGAACUGCUAGCAGUUGGAGGAGACAUUGCUGGGUCAGAUGCAGCAAUCUCCUUGACUUGGUUGAUGAAUGUGUCCUCUGUUAAGUGCUAGAAUUGGUCCUUGGUGGGUGCAGAUUUAAAGCUUACUUCCGGCCUUGGUGUUGCACGUCUCUGAGCUCUUUAAACCAGCGGUGAGAGAAAACCUGUGGUUCUCCUCCAGUUGGACUAGAAUUCCCAUCAUUCCUGGCCAUUGACUAUGCCGGCCUGGGAUGGUGGGAGUUGGGAGUCCAUCAGCUAUCUGAAGGGACACAGGUCUUCCUCAUCCUUGCUAUAAAACAUGACAUUUUUGGUUUCUGAGGCAAAUGAUCCUAAGGAACUUGCCUGGCGCUCCUGUGUGAAGGUGUCGCUCCAAAAGUAGCCCAGUAUAUCUAUUCUGAAUGCCAAAACACCAGCCCAGAGUGUCCCAACCUGAACCUGAGAGGCAAAUAGAAGCCCCAUCUUAUUACAUAUACCGAAACAACGUUUGUGUUGGCAGGGUGUGGGCUCUGCUCUUGAUGCCUUGCACCACUCUUUUGCACAAGAAGGAAAACAAAAACAAAUCCUCAUUUCGGUAAGCUUCUAAACAGUGUCCUCACCUUCCCAUCAGGCUGUUCAAGAGUAAUCUCCCUCUGGAAAUCUCUUCCCCUUAUUAAAUGUUCAUGUACCACUGGAGGUUAACUGGUGGUGGUUGUUUUUUGUAUCUCCAGUUCUUGUGGAAUAAUGAAUACACUUGAAUAAGCAUUUGCUUCCUGGAUGCGGUAAUGAACUUCCUCCUGACAAAGGCGACUGCUCCGGUUUGUGCAAAUAGGUACUUGCCCCGGGGUGAGCUGGAAAUCACCCAGAGAACUAGAGAGGGAAACUUUUGUUCAUUUGGGAGACGGUUGGUUCUCCUUUCUCAGAGGCGGUUGGUGUGCCCUGUGGAAAAAUGUGUGGGUCAACCGGCUAGCAGACAGCUCUGUGGAUUAACAUCUCUUGUUGACUUGCUUGCAAGGGUGUGUGUGUGUAAACACCCGCCAACCAAGUUUUGUUUCAAAAACACCUUUAUCCCAUAUCUGAAACUGAUGUAUUCAUCAGCAGCAGGAAUAUGCUACCAGCAAACUAUCUUUGCCUUUCAAGGAACUCUGGGAAAUGUAUUUCUGCUGGGGCUGUCUUGAGAUUGCUAGUCUCAUGGGACUACAGUUCCCAGAAUUCUUUGUGGGGAAAAGCUGGUUGGGUAUACCUGUUUAGCCCAGAAUUCAAAGUACCAAAUGUGGACGUUGCUUAAGAAUCCUACUAUUUCUUAAGGCUUAGCUUUGUCAAAAGGGUGGAGCCACUGUGCUCUUGUGAUCUGUUUAUACCUCAUCUGCUAUCAACCUUCCCACAUAAUGUCUUGCCAUCUUCUGAUCGGUUUUGUCUUUUCUUAAUGACUGUAGAGGUGUGUGUGAGUGUCCCAAAACCCGAGGUGUCAAAAGAGCAUUUAAAUGUGAAUUAAUGGCUGGCAAUACUAACUUGAUAGAAUCAAGAGAAUUAGAGGUGAAACUUUAAUUUUUGACCUUGAUUGCACUAAAGCUCUUGUGAUUGCUUUAAUAUAUUUGUAUCUGUGAUACAGUUGUUGUUGUGUUUUUUUUAAAAAGAAAAAAAAUAUCCACAAACUUGCCUAUGAAUCUGUAUAUAUUGGUAGGUACCAUGCUAAUAACACUGUGUUGGAUGUUUGUAAAUAAUGUACAUAUUUGAAAAUCGACAUGAUGAUGUUGGAGAAUUCCUGUACAAAAAGGUUUAAUAAAUCUGGUUUCAUAACAAA